AGCUUUUGAGACUGUUGAAUCAGAGUGACAUUGUUGCACAACCAUUUAUCUACAAUCCUGUCAUAGAUGGAUAUUGCAAAUCCGGUAAUGUUGAUGAAGCUAAUGCAAUUGUCAUAGAUAUGGAGAAGAAAUGCAAACCGGAUAAACUGACAUUUACUAUUCUUAUUAUUGGUCAUUGUAUGAAAGGAAGAGCCCCCGAAGCAAUUGGUAUCUUUUACAAGAUGUUGGGGACCGGUUGUUCGCCAGAUGAAGUUACUAUUAGAACUUUAAGUUCAUGUCUUUUGAAGUCUGGAAUGCCUAGUGAAGCUGCCCGCAUUAAGGAAGCUGUAUUUAAGAGUCAAAACACAAAUUCAUAUAUGCAGCAGUCUCUUUAUUAAAGUGCUACUGAAAAUCAGUGGUUAGGCAUUGCCUUCCACUGUUUUCUCUUGAGAAAAUACACUCAUCAAGCAGCAUGUCAAUAUUUUCUCUAGAUUAUCAACAAGGGAGUCAGAAUUGGCAAUUUCCCCAUGAUUAUGCUGAUGUUGUUGGAGAUUGUUAAUUUAUUUCUCUCUAUUCAUCAUUUUUUACUAUGCAGUUUUAUUUGACAGUCUUGUUCAAUUGUAGUCAUAUUACCUAAAGAGUACAACGAGUUCUUCCUGAAAGAAAUAAAAGUGACUGAAAUAUGGAAUGCUUUCUCAUUGAAAUUUAUCAGUUAGUUUAUUGGUUACUUUACCAAACAGAGCCUUAACUUUUAUUCUUACUUCUAAUUGCAGAUCUUAAGCUUGGAGUUUGAGGUAGUAGUCCGCCUCAUCUCCUAUGUGAGGCCAUUUGGCUUUUCAACGGCUUCAAUUUGGUUCUCCCGUGUAAAAACUCAAUGUCCCCGAAGGGCUAGGAAGUUAUGGGCGGCUAUCAGGAUGCUAAUUAUUAUAGAGGUUCUUGGUGCUGUCGGCUAAUUUUAUUUGUCAUCUGGCUUCCUACUUUCUUACAUGUGACAGCACAAGAAUCACAUGCCGACCAUAGGCGAACCACUUCACUAGUUGAGUUAGCUAAGGAACCUACUUCUGGAGAUUCUGGGCUCUUUGACCCCAUAGAAAUAUCACCUUCCGUCAUACCUAAAGUUCCAUUUCCCACCGAGUCUGUCCCACCAAUGUAUCCUAUUCCUUAUGUCCCAACCAGAUAUGAACCAGUUUUAACUGGUAAGUGCCCUGUAAACUUUUCGCGACCAGAAAUUUCAAAUAUCCUCGAUAAAGCAGCAUUUGAUUGCUUUGGGCCUUUGGCAUCCCUUGUAGGGAAUGUCGUAUGUUGUCCACAAUUUAGUAGCUUAAUCCACAUCUUCCAGGGUUUCUUUGGCAUGAAAUCCAAUAAUCUGGUUUUGUCAAAUGCAGUUGCUGAUCAUUGCUUCUCUGAUAUUGUUAGUAUUCUAGCUAGCAGAGGGGCAAAUAAUACAAUACCCACACUUUGUUCUAUUAAAUCAUCUAAUCUUACAGGCGGGUCAUGCCCUGUGAAGAAUGAUUCUACUUUUGAAAGAACAGUAAACACAAGUAAAUUAGUUGAGGCCUGUAGAACUGUUGAUCCACUUAAAGAGUGUUGCAGACCUGUUUGUCGGCCUGCAAUUAUGGAUGCAGCGCUUCAGAUUUCUGGCCGACAAAUGAUGAUAAAUAAUGACAAUAUGGCUGGGGAAAUGAAUCACACUGAUUAUCUAAAUGAUUGCAAAGGUGUUGUUUAUUCUUAUCUUUCCAAACAACUAUCAUCGGAGGUUGCAAAUAAAGCAUUCCGGAUACUAUCUGCCUGCAAAGUCAACAAAGUUUGUCCUUUGACUUUUAAGGAGCCUUCAGAUGUAAUUGCUGUAUGUAAGAAUGUAGCUGCUCCUAGUCCUACCUGCUGCAGUUCAUUAAAUACAUAUAUUGCAGAGACACAACAAAAAAUAUUAAUUACCAAUAAACAAGCUAUAAUAUGUGCAACACAAUUUGGAUCGAUGUUACGUGGAGGUGGGGUGAUGACAAAUGUUUAUGAGCUUUGUGAUGUCGAUUUGAAAGAUUUCAGCAUACAAGCUUUGCUAGCAUUUGGAGUACAAGGAUGUCUACUCCGAAGCUUGCCGGGAGAUGUGAUAUUUGACAAUUCAUCUGGUGUUAGUUUUACAUGUGAUUUAAGUGACAAUAUUGCUGCACCAUGGCCCUCAUCAUCUUCAUUUACAUCUCUAUCAUUCUGUGCACCUGAGAUGUCAUUACCAGCAUUACCAAUUUCACAGUCAUUGAAAAACAUUGGUUGUAAUUCUGCUGGCGUGGGUUUCCUUCUUGUUAUAUUUACAUUUUUUGUCAGUAUUGUUGUACUGAGAUUUUAGGGUUUUGAAGUGUGUCACGAAGGCAUUUCAAAGUGUCUGGCAAGGGUUUUGCAUGUAUAUUUUUUAAUGGCCUCGUUGUAUAGCAUCCCCCCUCUCUCAUCGCCUUUCCAUGGGUCAUAUGCCUGUUUGAUCAUUAAUGAGUUAGUGCUCAUUUUAUUUA